AAUCGCGGAGGUCCCGGUGGGAUUGACAUGAAUGUCCGUUCUGUGUGGGCCCGCGGCUACGCUGGACAAGGCGUAGUUGUCACGAUUCUCGAUGACGGACUCGAGACGGAUCAUCCCGAUCUCAGCCCAAACUAUGUGAGUCUUUCCGUCUUCUCAUUCUCAUUCUCCUCCUCUUCUUACUUCUCUUAA